AUGCACUCCAGAAUAUUACUGCAACCAUUUAGACAAAAGAGGGCUAUAACAACACGCUGUGAACAAGAUGCACUACAUGUCAAAUGGGGAGAGACUGAUUCCACCUACAGCUACCUUUGGUUGAGAGAUAACUGUCCUUGUCCACAAUGCCUUCACCCCUCAAGUAGUCAAAAACUGCAUUCUUCUGCUGAUAUACCAUUAGAUAUUCAACCUAUAGAUGUAAAAAUUGUAGGAGAAGAGGCAGAAAUAACAUGGAAUCAGCCUCUUCGCCACGGUGGUGAAGACAAGAUACAUACUAGUCGAUACAGCCUUGAUUUUUUGCGUCGAUAUCAAUCAAGCAAGAUAGCUGAAAGGUUUAGAUUUAAUCAUAUAACCCCACAAACUUGGAAUCGAGAUGAGUAUAAACUCGAUUGGAUAAGUUACCAUGACUACAUGAAUACGGAUCAUGGUCUCUCUAAGGCUGUUCAGCGCUUGUAUAACAAGGGUCUGGUGUUCUUGAAAGAUGUACCUACCGUUGACAGUGCAGUGACAGAAGUUGCUGAGCGUAUUGGGCCUGUUCAAGAAACAUUUUAUGGUCGCGAUUUUGAUGUCAAGAACGUUGCUAAAUCUAUUAAUAUUGCCUAUACAAGUUUGUAUUUGGGAUUUCAUAUGGAUCUUAUGUACCUGGAUAGUCCCCCUGGAGUUCAAUUGUUACACAGUUUAAAGAACAGUGUCACUGGAGGCUCAAGUAUUUUUGUAGAUUCGUUCCGUGCAGUCGAACUACUAAAAGCCAAGUAUCCUGAGGAUUACCAAGUACUCAAGUCAACGCCUGUUACAUUUCAUUAUUUGAAUAAUGGUCAUCACAUGUAUUAUAAACGACCUACUAUCGUUGACGAUGAAGAGCAUAGUGGUACAGCCUGGGCUAGUCACGUCAAUUAUGCACCUCAGUUUCAGGGACCAUUAGACGACUUGAGCCCUGAAAAGACCAGACAAUUUUAUAGGGCAUUCCAACGUUUUGCGGAUUUUGUUGAAGAUGAGUCUCUUCGAUUCGAAUUGACAUUGCAACCAGGUCAACUAGUUAUGUUUGCCAACAGACGUGUGCUCCAUGGCCGUACAUCAUUUGAUCCGAACAGCGGUGACCGUCACUUAAAAGGCACUUACCUUGCUCUAGAUUCUCUCAAGGACAAAUUACGUGUAUUAUCAGCAAAGUAUGGCUUUGAUUCCAGUGUUUAA